UCUUACGCGUAGUGGAGAGACCUAUUUCUUAUCCUCUACUCCCUCCUUAUGAAUUUUUUUUCUUUUUAUCUAAUUGUUGGUUGUAAAAUAAUGAGAUAAUAUAUAAAUGUGCUUUUUAAUGUGGCAUAAUAUAAAUCAGUGUAUCUCAAGUGAAUCUACUAAUUCAAUUUUAUACUAGUUUAAUACUUGUAAGUUAACUGUGAGAUGAGGAAGUGAAGAAAGAAACUAUAAUACUCUGUAUUGUAUACUCAAUUGUUCUUCAUUCCCAGUCCACAACAGUUGUAAUUCUUGUGUCAGAAGGAUGUAUUUCAACAAUGAAUGGUCUGAUCUAAAAUUUUAUCUCCUUAGCGAGCUGCAAGAUUUAAAGUACUCGGAUGUUGCAAGGGAUCGGAUAAAUUUCUUUCUAUGGGAGUUAAAAUUCCUUGAUUGUUUUCUCCAUUUGAAAAGCUUCCCUUUUGCAAGUGAAUGCGGUAUGCUACAUGUCUCACAGAAAAUGAUAGAUAUUUGGAAAAGUCAUUGUUCUAAAACCAUGAAUGUUCCGAUUCUGUAUUUUGGUAAAGUUCCUUUGAAUUUAUUUGUCGACUGGAAGAAGGUAAUUUGGAAGACUAAGCAAGAAUUCAGAGCCCAAUACUCCUUUCCGAAAACACCACUUGCAGCCAACAAGGUGAUUGAUGAUGAUGAUAAUACUCAUAGCCCCGAAUUUGUUAUGGAAAUCAUGGAUGUUUUUGUGGAGAACCUCAAUGUUAUAGUGAAGAUCAAUGAUCCAUGUUCGUGGUUUUUUGUUCCAGGACACAUGAAGGAACAAAUAGAACAAGUGUUAAAGGAGUUGAAGUUAUUGAGAUUUUUUGUCUGCUUUGUUUCAAACAAAUGUAGCAUACAGCCUCAAUACCGAUGUACUACUUUUUAUACUCAUGCUUUAAUUGAGGCUAGCCACAUCGCAAUGGUUGUGUGGUUGCAUUUGCCAAUCUAUGGCAACGUAAAUCAAGACUUGGCUCCAAGUGAAGUCAGUCGUUUGCUCUCUGAUUUCAUGGAAAUGAAGAUUAAGUCCAUUCAUCCAGUCAUCAGCCGCAACAAUAUUUAUAUUGAUGUCCUGCAAGCUUUGAAGUCAACCAUACCACAAGCACAAAAGAAGCAUGCAGCUGAGAGUAGCAAUGUGGAGAUUCCAACACAGAGUCUGACGGUUGGUUUGAGUGAUCAAAUGGCUAACCUUCAGGAGAUGCUCUGCCUUCUAAGAGACAAUCUCAUUCAUCUGCCAAUACUAGAUCUAGAAUUUCAUCUUCAAGAUAUGGAUUCUGUUAUUAUUGAUGCUGGACUUCUUAUUUACUCAUCAUAUGAUAUCAAGAGGGAGAAGGAAGACACAGUAUUGGAUGAUAUGAACCGAGCACUUGGUUUGGAUCUUCGGAGAAACAUUGAGACUAUCAAGGUGAUGGUCUACCUUGUCAUGCAAAAGGCAAUUCAAUGUAACUUGCCAAAGGUUCAUGGACUAGGCUAUGUCGAUUUUCUAUUGAAAAACCUGAAGGAUUUCCAAUGCCGUUAUUCGGAUUCACUUGCUUUCCUCAAGAAUCAACUCCAAGUUAUUCAAACGGAAUUUGAGAGCUUGCAACCUUUCCUGAAGGUUGUCGUAGAAGAGCCACAAAAUAAGCUCAAGACACUGAAUGAAGAUUGUGCUACACAGAUAAUUAGGAAAGCAUAUGAGGUGGAAUAUGUAGUUGAUGCUUGUAUUAACAAAGUAGCUCCUCAUUGGUGCCUAGAGCGUUGGCUCCUGGAUAUCAUAAAGGAGAUUACUUGUAUCAAAGCAAAGAUUCAGGAAAAGAACACGGUUGAGGAUACAAUGAAGACUGUCAUUACUCAUCAUACAUCAUCACAAUUGGCAAGGACACCAAGGAUGAAUGAAGAAAUUGUGGGGUUUAAGGAUGUCAUAGAAAAUUUAAGAAAUCAACUACUGAAUGGAACCAAAGGGCAAGAUGUCAUUUCAAUUCACGGCAUGCCAGGUCUAGGUAAGACGACUUUGGCCAACAGACUCUAUUCUGACAGGUUAGUUGUCUCUCACUUUGAUAUUUGUGCACAAUGUCGUGUGUCUCAAGUAUAUUCAUAUAAGGACUUGUUAUUGGCCUUGCUAUGUGAUGCUGUCGGUGAGGAUUCUGUGCGUAGAGAACUUUGUGCCAAUGAAUUAGCUGAUAUGCUUCGCAAAACUUUAUUGCCCCGAAGGUGCCUUAUCCUUGUUGAUGAUGUGUGGGAAAAUAGUGUUUGGGAUGAUUUAAGAGGUUGUUUUCCAGAUGCCAAUAACAGAAGCAGAAUCAUUCUAACAACAAGACAUCAUGAAGUUGCCAAAUAUGCUAGUGUUCAUAGUGAUCCCCUUCAUCUUCGUAUGUUUGACGAAGAUGAAAGUUGGAAGUUGCUUGAAAAGAAAGUGUUUGGUGAAGAAAGCUGUUCCCCUCUCCUAAAAAAAGUUGGGCUAAGAAUAACAAAAAUGUGUGGACAACUCCCUCUUUCAAUUGUUUUGGUUGCUGGUAUUCUGUCGGAGAUGGAAAAGGAAGUAGAAUGUUGGGAACAAGUGGCCAACGAUUUGGGUACCCACAUUCGCAGUGACUCAAGGGCAAUUGUAGACCAAAGUUAUCAAGUUUUACCCUGUCAUCUUAAGUCUUGCUUCCUUUAUCUUGGAACAUUUUUAGGGGUUAGAGAGAUUCGUAUUUCAAGGUUAAUAAGGUUAUGGAUAUCAGAAUCAUUUAUAAAAAGUUGUGAAGGCAGGAGGUUGGAGGAUAUAGCAGAAGGUUACUUGGAGAAUCUUAUUGGAAGAAAUCUAGUAAUGGUUACUCAGAGGGCCAAUUCAGAUGGUAAGGUCAAAGCAUGUCGCCUUCAUGAUGUAUUACUCGACUUCUGCAAGGAAAGAGCAGCUAAGGAGAAUUUACUACUAUGGAUAAAACGGGAUCAGAGUACCAAAGCUGUUUACUCUCACAAGCAGCAUACUCACUUAGCCUUCAGUAAAAUGGAUAAUCUUGUAGAAUGGAGUGCAUCUUCCUCACUUGUUGGCUCUGUACUUAUUAAGAGAUAUAACCCAUACUUUGCCCGUUGUCCCUUAUAUGCAGUUUCACACAUUUUAUUAAAUUUCAAGUUUCUAAAAGUAUUGGAUUUGAAGCACCAGGUUGUUAUUGAUUUUAUUCCAACAGAGCUUCCUUACUUGAGGUAUUUAACUGCAGACAUUGAUCAGAAUUCAAUUCCUUCAAGCAUAUCCAAUCUUUGGAACCUUGAAACUCUUAUAUUAAACCGUAGAUCAGUUGUGCAUAAGAUAUUACUACCUAGUACAGUUUGGGAUAUGGUUAAAUUGAGAUUUCUGUUUAUUCCUAACUUCAGCCCUGAAAAUAAAAAAGCAUUACUCAAGAACUCUCCAAAUCUUGAUGAUUUGGAAACCCUUUCCUAUCCAUAUUUCGCUCGUGUUAAGGAUGCAGAAUUGAUGCUGAGAAAAACACCUAAUCUUCGAAAACUGACAUGUAAAGUUAAGUGCUUAGAAUACCUCCAUCAGUACCAUGCGUUGAAUUUUCCAAUUCGGCUUGAAAUACUAAAGCUUUAUCGAUCAAAUGCCUUUAAAACCAUCCCCUUUUGCAUCUCUGCACCAAAUCUCAAAUACCUAAAACUCUCUGGCUUUUACCUGGAUUCUCAGUACUUAUCAGGAACUGCUGAUCAUUUGAAGAACCUUGAGGUACUCAAACUGUACAGUGUUGAAUUUGGUGAUCAUAGGGAAUGGAAAGUGAGCAAUGGCAUGUUCCCUCAACUCAAAAUCUUGAAACUAGAGGAUGUGUCCUUGAUGAAAUGGAUUGUAGCUGAUGAUGCCUUUCCUAACCUUGAACAAUUAGUUUUGCGUGGAUGUCAAGAUCUUAUGGAGAUCCCUUCUUGUUUCAUGGACAUCCUUUCUCUGCAGUACAUCGAGGUAGAGGACUGCAAUGAGUCGGUUGUCAAGUCAGCCAUGAAUAUACAAGAAACACAAGUCGAAGAUAAUCAAAAUACUAAUUUCAAGCUCGUUCUCAUCGAGAAAUGGCCUAAAUUUUACAAACUGUUUUCUCAGUUAUCUUUACCUCGUGGCCUCGUUUUACAUUUGGGGAUAGAAUCAGUUUCAUCUGAUGAGAAAGAGAAGAAACUUACUGUGACCGGAGAUGUGGAUGCUGAUGAAGUUCAAUGUGUGGAGAAACUGAGAAAGCGUGGCAUGCCAGGGUUGUAGUCCCAACUUGUCAACACAAAUGUGCUAUAGUCAUUUUGCUUACUGUAAUACCAUUUCAUGACACACACACACAAACAUUAACUGUAGUAAAGUUUUGAUGGAUCAGUAAAUCUGAGUUCAACCCAUUGUAAUCCGUUCAAAUUCAACUCAAAAAAUUCCCAUUGAGUUAUUCUUUAACAGAGUAUCCAGAGAUUGCAGCUGGAGCAAUUUGGAAUAUCACAUGUAAUUUCUUUAUGAGUUAUUUUGUUUAAUAAAAGAUUCUGUAAAACGUCCAACGGCUGUUGCAUUCAUUGUAAACUAAAUAUAUCUCAGUAUGUAACUAUUGAACAAAUUU